UCUACAAACAAUCUCCUCCUCCUCCGCCGCCGCCACAACCGACCGGAGAAAUCUAUCCGCCACCGGAGAUGGGUGCCGCAGAACCUGUUGUAGAGAGAGAAAAUGAAGAUGGUGAUGAUCAACAUACAGAAACAGUUGAAACCAAAGAAACGCACAAAGAUUUGGAGAAAGGUGCGAUGGGUUUCGAAGAACACCAACAACAACCACCAAGAGAUAUGCAUAUGUCAAGAAUGCAAAGAUUAAGUGCCACAAAUCCGUUAAGACUUGUGAUUGAUAAUGCCACAAGAGUACCUCCUACACCUAUCCCUAAUCGUGGCCCCACCACUGCCACCCACCACCCACCACCGCCACCGCCACCCACCGCCACCCACCACCCAUCUCCACCACCACCCUCCGGUAAUCCCCGCUCCAUCCCCACCCCCAUCUCCAUCCCCACUCCUACCCACAGCACACCUAUCCCUCAACAAUCUUUGACCACACUAAAUUCAAGAAAAUACACGAACAAGAUAUCAUUGUUCAUAUUCACACUCCAUUUCUUGGUUGCUGUUUGUUUGGUGUUCUUCUUGGUGUUCAAAGGGAUCCAAGGAUUGUUAGAAGGAGGGAGUUCAGGGAGGAAAGAAAGAAGGGUAAUUCGGUACUUUCUCCCACAAGUUGAAGCCGCUUCUCUUUUAAGCAUCACAUUGGCAUUCACAUGGCAGAAAGCAGUGAGGGUUUGGCCAAAUUUCAUGGUGCAUUUCAUCCUGUGGAGCUCUUUCCUCAUGACUUUAUCCGCCGGAAUCCUCCUUAUCUGCAUCCAACGGCCGAGCACCGACGGUGUUGGAGUGGUGUUCAUCUUCUUUUCCAUCGGAAAUGGGUUGUAUGCUUGUUGGGUAACUCAAAGAGUUAAAUUUUGCAGUAAGAUUUUCAUCAAAGCACUUGAACCCGUUUCGAAAUUCUCAGAUAUAAACCGACCCACAUACUGGAUGCUUGGAAUUGGGUUCAUUUGGAUGUCGAUUUGGAUAUUAGCAGUGAUUGGGGCAUUGAAUUUCUAUUUUCCGCCAUUGGUGAUCAUUGGGUUGGUGUUGAGCUUGCUUUGGACGGCAGAGGUGAUGAGAAAUGUUGCGAAUUUGACGAUAAGUAGGGUGAUUUCUUUGUAUUAUCUUAGGGGAAUGCAAUCGAACACACAGUUUUGCUUUCAAAGAGCAAUGUCCAAGAAUCUUGGAAGUGCUUGUUUAGGGUCUUUAUUUGUUCCCACCAUUGAAGCUCUGAGAAUCGUUGCUCGAGGUCUGAAUUUGCUUGAGGGAGAAGAUGAGUUCAUGUUCUCUUGUGCACAUUGUUGUCUCAAAGUUAUGGAAGCAAUCUUUAGAUAUGGCAAUGGCUGGGCUUAUGUUCAGAUAGCAACAUACGGAAAAGGGUUUGUGAAAGCAUCGCAAGACACUUGGGAACUUUUCGAGAAGCGAGAAAUGGAAACCAUCGUUGAUUCCGACAUCACCACUGCCGUAUGCUUCCUCACUGGAGUUUGUAGCGGUUCUAUAUGCGUUAUCAUGGUGGCGUCUUGGACGUCGACUGUGCAUAGAGACUUCACCGCCACCAUAUCUCUCCUUGCCUUCAUCGUUGGUUAUUUAAUGACGAGGAUUGCAAUGGCAUUGCCCCACGCUUGUGUGAAUUGUUACUAUGUGUGUUACGCUGAGAAUCCCGAUAACAGACUUUUUGAUAAAACAAUACCAGACCGUCUUGCUAUGAUUAAAUCUAACCGAGACGUAGUAGUCAUAACGCCUCGAGUUCCUCCAAGGUUUAGAAGAUAACAUAGGCUUUUGAUCUAGUUUUUCCAAUAGUUGUACAUGAUGUAUUUAGUUUUUGCAUCAACAAAUUGUUUUCUCAUCCGUUUCAUAGGAUUUGUACGAAAAAACACAUCAAUAAAACUUGCGUACAAUGGAUUUAACGAUC